ACUGCCGCCGAACGAGACGGAGACGAGUCGCAGCCCCGUACGCCGACACCGUGGAGGACAGGUGACACGCGGCGUGUGGCAGUCACGCCAGGAGCCGUGACCACCACCACCACCACCGCCGCCGCCGUCUCUGAAGACCGGGGGGCCGCGUGAGACGCAUCAUGCAGACCACCUCGGCAGAGCUUCCCGCCUCCCCCGCCUCUCCCGAGGAUGAUGGCGGAGUUCGUCUUAAGCUCACGCCGGCGGUACUCGAGCAAGCGCGCCUCCGCCGCAUCCCCGGCUUCCAGAAGCCGCGGACUCUCAGCCGCAUCCAGGCGAGCCGCGAGAAGCAGGAGCUGGAGCGGAAAAACGGCGCCGAGGAGGACGCCGCCGCUGCCGCCGCCGCCAAGCUCAACGGAAAGCAGCCCUCCGCUGGCAAGCGGGCGUCCCUCUCCCAGCAGUGGAUGGAGGUGACGCAGGGAGAGUCGGCGGACGGGGUGCCGGUGACCGUUCACGGGGCGCCUCGCGCAGGCCCCGGCUCGACGGCAAAGCCCGCCGCCUCCGCUUCUAAACUCUCCACCUUCCACGCCACCGCCGCCACCGCCACGCCCUUCGCCAAAAUCCCGGCCCCUCCGAGCCACCCUCCGCCGGCCACCCCUCCCGACGCCUGUGUGCCGACGACGGCCGACGAUCGCACCGACGGAAGGGAGGCCUUCGUCCCGGGCUCCGCGACCGUCGCCGAUUUCGACUCCGACAUCCCGCCGCCCCCCGGCGUGCCGGCGCCCCCCCCGCCGCCGCCGCCGCCACCGCCGCCACCGCUGCCACCGCUGAUGACGGAAAACGGCGUCCGCUCUUCGUGGCCGCGGCCCGGCAGCAGCCUGAGCAGCGGCAGCAUGGAGGAGACGUGCGGCUCGUCGUCACGCCGCUCCUCCUCCUCUUCGUCCAGCAUGCCCGUGUUCAACAUGCAGUCGCCGGGGCCCAACGACGCGCUGCUGCAGGAGCUCAAGGCGGGCCGCGUGCUGCGCCCCACCUCCAAGAGCAAGGCCGUCACCACCGUGUUCUCCGGACGGGGCCAGACGAGCCUGAACGACAACGCGCACAAGAUGGAAACGCAUGACGCGCCGCAGAGGGUAGACGGUGCCGGGGCGCAGGCAGGCGGCAUCACCACCAACACCAACGCGGUCAAUGGCAAGGGCAAAGCCACACCCUGUGAUGGCCACAUGGCCAAUGGCGGCACAGACGGCACCAAACCGACAGCCAAUGGUGUGCCGAGAUCCUACAGCGCCAGUUACGGCCCUACCAGUCCCACCGCGGCCGGUGGGCUCGGCACCAGUUCUACUGCCGGUCAAUCCUCGACCGCAAGUUUCCUCGGUGGACCCACUGCCAAUUCAGCUGCCGGUAAAUCCGUCACGAGAUUUUCCUUCGGGGGACCCACCGUAAAUUCUGCUGCCGGUAAAUCUGCGACCGCAAGUUCUUUCAGUGGACCCACCGCCAAUUCCUAUGCUGGUAAAUCUGUGACCGCAAGUUCCUUCGGUGGAGCCACUGCCAAUUCUGCAUCCGAUAAAUCUGGAACGAGAAAUUCCUUCGGCGGAUCCACCGAAAAUUCCGCUGCCGGUAAAUCUGUGACCGCAAAUUCCUUCGGUGGAGCCACCACAAAUUCUGCAUCUGGUAAAUCUGCGACAAGAAAUUCCUUCGGCGGAUCCACCGCAAAUUCCGCUGCCGGCAAAUCUAUGACCGCAACAUCCUUCGGUGGAGCCACCAGCGUUUCCACUGCCAGUAAAUUCACCAUCAGUUCUGCCGGUACAGCAACCACCACCAGGGCAGGACCCAACUCCGGAGGUGACGUCACGGAUGGUGGCGGCGGCGGCGGUAGCAGGGACGCCUCCGGACUCAGGAUGAAUUUGAAUCCCACAGGAGGAGGGGGAUGGGUGGUCACACCUGGCGGGGGUGGCAGAGGAGCUACCACCAUCACUGGAGCGGCGGGUGGGAGUAACGUCGCUAGCGGGCGGGUGCUCGGCACCAAUGCGGCUGGGCCCGCUGGCGGGGGGGCCAGCUUCAAAAUCCGGAGCGCCAACGGAAUAGAAUUCGGAGGCAAGGGGGGAGCACCGACGGGUGGUGGCGGUGGUGCUGUUGGCGCUGGGAUGAACGGCCAGAUCAGGCCGGUGGUGACACUACCAGGUGAAGGCAAGGGAGCAGCACCAAUCGGUGGCGGUGGCGGUGGUGGUGGUGACGCUCGCAGUGGAAAAGCCUUGGGUGCUGGCGCCCGUGGUAGCGUUAAAUCUGCCGAGAUGAAUGGCCAGGUCCGGUCGGCGGUAGUGGCGCCCCCGCAGAUGCCCAGCGCGACGGGAAACACUUUGCCCACCUGGCAGCUGGAGAUGAUCCAGCGCAAGAAAUCCAAGAAGGUGGAGAAAUGAGAAGGGCGUGCCCCGUGGUGGUGAGGUUGGACGAUAAAUGUGUUUUUGUUCCCGGCCAGAGUGAUUGUUUAACUGAGAUUUAAAAUAAGCAGCCAGGUGAGUGGAUGGUCCUCCGUCAGCAAAUGGCUGCACACAAAAAAAAAACACAACAAAAAAAUUGAAAAAAACAAUACAUUUAUUUCUGCACUUAAUUAGGAUAAUUUCCAAAGGAUUAAAUUAUCCGUUUGACUCUCGUGCAAUGAAACUCGCUCGCGCGUGGCAGAUAUAUUGUGCGAGUUGACCAGAGGUCGCCGGAAACGACGUCCAACGGUAGCUCUGUGAGAUCUGCUUCAGCGGGGCGUUCCCCCAUCACCAAUUGUCGCACUGCUCCGCAAGAGAUCCGAAUUCUCUGCCUCGUGACGCGACGCCGUUGGUGCAAUCGGCAUCAACAUCCGAUGGAAAAAAAAAACAUUUUAACAACACAAAGGCACGGCAUUGAUUGCACGCGGUGGAAAUGUAAAUUAGUAUAUGCACGAAGGCAGUUUAAUAUAAUUGAAGCUCAUGAGAAUAUUUUCUGGAGGGUGGUGGGGUGGGGGGGGGGGACUCGAGGAUGGACUCAAGCUGCACUGCAAUGACACCCACUCACUUCCCGUGAUGUCCCGACUCGCUCGCUCGCUCGGACGAUGACGCCACGGGCCUUUCCAGAUCUCGUUCCGCUGCUUGGAGAGGAUUCAGCAGGGGAUGAGAUGGAUGGACGUUGGGAUGGGGGUGGGAUGGAUGGAUGAACCUUGGGAUUGGAUGGAUGGAAGUUGGGAUGGGAUGGAUUGAAUUUGGGAUGGGAUGGACAGACGUUGGAAAGGGGGUGCAAUGGAUGGACGUUGAGAUGGGAUGGAUGGACGUUGAGAUGGGAUGGAUGGACGUUGUAAUGGAGUGGCUGGAUGGACGUUGAGGUGGGCGAUGGUGGUUUGGUUCAACGCAGCAAAGGCUCUGCCCCAUUGGACUUGAUGGGAAAGUCUAGCGCGCGUUUCUUGUCGUACGGCUAUAACUUUACCAAUAAAUCAGGUAUCGUGAUGAUGAAUGUCUUUAAUAAUUAUUAUUGUGAUGACGAUAGUCGAGGAAUUAUGAUGGCGGCCACCGGGCAGGAGAUGGAGUGAUGAAAUGAGUUGCUGUGGAGGUGCCGGGGUGGAUUAUUUAAUCGCAGGAUCGCGAAGGGAUUUUGGCGACGGUGGCGGCCGGCGACUUUAGGGCAGGGGGCUCCAUCCAGCAGUGGAUUUAUCGUGGCUGAUGAUGGUUAAAAUAACUGAGUGUAUUUUGUUGUUAUGUCAUCCAUGUGAAUCAACACUCAUUUGUAAUACUGCAAUCGUAACAAGCGUGUCUUGCUCUACAAAUUGUGCCAUUUGUAUUUUACACAAACGCGCGCGCACACAAACACACACGCACGCACGAAGACAAAGACCCCUCCAAACCCGUAUCCUUUUAAAGGCUGUUGGGGCCAGAUCCUGUUCGCGUGCACCAAUGAAGACCGGCAUGGCACAAAAGUUGGGGUGGGUGGCCAAAACCCUACCUUGGCUGACUUUGUCUCCCCCACAUCAGGUAUUCAUUUUAAGGCUGAGCUGACCUAGGAGCAGGCUCGGGGACCGAUUCAAAUAUUCACUGGCACUGUUAUUGGUCGUGAGCGGCAAUCGAACUCGGCACGCCGGGUUCGUAGCAAAGCGCAGCGUGCUAACCGCUGCACCGACGCUCCCUCCACACGCAUCAAAGACACACACACAAAGACACACACACACAAAUGAUAAAUUACACACAUAUAACCUUGAAAGUGUCUAAAUAGAACGUGCUCUUGUGCGACGUCUGAAUGAUCCGCGUGUCGUCGCGACUCUGCGGGGCUGCGCGUGCAACUCCAUUCGCCCCGUGGUGGAUGUCGCGAACUCGUCCCGCGGUAUCUAAGAACUAUUCCGUCUGUUUCGACCGCUGGAGAUCGCCUCCAAUCGCCGUGCUGCAAUGUCAGGUCGUCUGACGAGAGAGGGGCAAUAAACGUCGACUUUUCGUGGCAACGGGA